AUGUAGAGGUAACCCAUAAAUAAUUAUGAAGAGUUAAAGUAACAAUAACCAGAUAAUACUAUCUAUGAUAAAACCAUGAAAAGUUUCGUUUUGAAAGUCGGUCCUACCAAUCCGUAUACAUAUGUCAAUUCUUAAGAAUUAAAUAUCAAGGGUUCCAACUUAUAUGUACAAAUAUAUGUGAUUGAAAAAUUAAAAUUUAUCCUUGAACUUUCUUUUAAAGAUGAAUCUUAUAAAAUAAUUGUAGGCCCUAAUUUUCAAUAAACAUACUCAAAAAACAAAAAUGAAGUUAAAAUAUCAAGUGUAUUCAUCUUAACAAAGAAAUGGAUCAGUUUAGGAUUUGACGUUGAUAGUUUUUUCAAGGUUGGAGAAAUGUAAGUAAAGAUGCUAAGCAUUCAAUCCUUAGGUAGAUUGAAAAGAAUUUAUGAAUCUAAUAUUUUUAGCAAAAUAAAUGAUGGUUAAUGUCUGAUUCAGAAAAUAUGUGAAAAAAGAAUUUUGGAAUUAUUACCAAUGAGUAUUAGAGCAUAAUCUGAAAAAUUAGAAAUUAGAAAAUAAUAACUUACUAAUCAACAACGACGAUUAUCCACUAUAUCAAAUUCUUAAGAAAGAAAUAUUGAAAGUUAAUCAGAUAAAAAAUCCUUCUAGUCAAAAUAAAUUAAUAUUAACAUCUAAUAGCAAAUUAAAUUAAACAAUCCAAACGCAUUAAAGUUCAAGUCCUCUUCAUAUACUUAAAACUAAAGAAAAACCUUUUAACUAUAAUAAACCAAGAAUUUAUCAAUAAAUAAAAUUCAAUUUUCAGCAAAACCUAUUUCAUAAGAAUAUUAUGCUACAACUACAAAUCCAAAUUAAGAUUAAUAAUAAUCUAUCUCAUAAUAAUAAUAAUAAUCAUCUCUAUCCAAUUAUAACAGAUCAAAACAAUUACCCUCAACAGAUGCAACUCUUAUUAAAUAACUAUCUUAAGAGUGUUUAUUAGAGAAGAAAAUCUAAUAAACAACAGGAUUGAAAAUUAUUGAAGAAGUCAAUUCCACCAAACCUCCUAUACCUUCAAUAUGCAGUUCGACCAAGCAAAGUACCCAACUCUAGUUAUAGAAAAAACCUGUAUAAAGUUUUCUUAGACAUAAUUAAGAGUUUUAAAAUGGAAGUAAUUGUAUCAAUGAUCCUUAUGAUGAAGCAAAAAUAGAGAAUGAUUAAAAACAUAAAUAAUCUCAAAUCAGCUCUGGUGUUUAGGACUUGUAUUAUGAGUGUGAAAAUUCUGAAUAUCAAACCAAAUAUGGCAAGUUUUCUAACACUUUUACUCGUCCUUUGGGGUUAUCCUCCUACAAUCAUAGGUUAGUUUCACAAUAGUCUACUAAUUAGAAUUAAGGAAGUACUAACGAAUAUUUUUAUUUGAGCAGCUAAUAAAUUGAAUAAAAUUAAAGUAUAAAUUAAACAGCAAAUGAAAUUGAAGAGUAAAUAGAGGCUCCAGAAUUAAAAAGCAAAAUGACAGAGGAAAGUUUCAAUUCUAUAAAUGGCUUAUAAAUUAAAUAAGAAGAUAGUUAAGAAGAACUUGCAGUUUCAAAAUUCGAAUGA